AUGUCGGGGUCCUACGAUGAAUCUGCUGCUGCUGCUGACGACGCUAUGGACAGCUUUUGGGAGGUGGGGAACUACAAGCGUGCCGUCAAGCGGAUUGACGACGGCCACCGGCUCUGCAAUGACCUCAUGGGCUGCCUUCAGGAACGUGCCAAGAUUGAGAAGGCCUAUGGUGACCAGCUGACCGCCUGGUCCAAGAGAUGGAGACAGCUGAUCGAGAAAGGACCACAGUAUGGCACCGUGGAGAGGGCGUGGCUGGGUGUGAUGACCGAGGCUGAGAAGGUGAGUGAGCUGCACCAGGAGGUGAAGAACGGCCUGCUCAACGAAGACCUGGAGAAGGUCAAGAACUGGCAGAAGGAGGCGUACCACAAGCAGAUGAUCGGAGGCUUCAAGGAGGCCAAAGAGGCCGACGAGGGCUUCAAGAAGGCCCAGAAACCAUGGGCCAAGAAGCUCAAAGAGAUGGAGACUGCUAAGAAAACAUACCACAUGGCGUGUAAGGAGGAGAAAUUGGCCGCCACCCGCGAGGCAGAUGGGAAGACACAGGCCUCCGUCACAACUGACCAGCAGAAGAAACUCCAUGAGAAAACAGACAAGUGCAAACACGAUGUUCAGAAGGCUAAGGAGAAGUAUGAGAAGUCUCUGUCAGAGCUGAGUGCUGUCACUCCCCCGUACCAGGAGAGCAUGGAGCAGGUGUUUGACCAGUGCCAGCAACACGAGGUCAAAAGGCUCACCUUCCUCAAGGAGAUCCUGCUGGACAUCAAACGCCACCUCAAUCUCACUGAGAACCAAAGCUAUGGCACAGUAUACAGAGAACUGGAGCGCACCAUCCUGGGUGCCAACACACAGGAGGACCUGCAGUGGUUUAGCAACCACCAUGGCCCUGGCAUGCAUAUGAACUGGCCAAUGUUCGAGGAGUACAACCCAGAUGCUACUGCUGCUGUUGUUAAGAGGGAGAAGGUGCAGAAGCCGGCUGGGGCCCCACCGACCCCCAGCACUGACCAUGUGGCACCACCUGGAGACCGUGGCAGUGUGAGCAGCUAUGAAAAGAACCAGGCCUACUCCACUGAGUGGUCCGAUGACGAUGCGCCUGCAGCCUACUCAGGCGGUGAGACCAACGGGGGUGGAAAUGGAAACUCCUUCGAGGAAGACUCUGGCAGUGCAGGGAAAGGAGGUGCUGGGACCGGGACCGCGUCCGGGGUCCGAGUGCGUGCUCUGUAUGAUUAUGACGGACAGGAACAAGACGAACUCACCUUCAAAGCUGGUGAUGAACUGACCAAGACUGAGGAUGAAGAUGACCAAGGCUGGUGUAGAGGUCGCCUGGAUACAGGCCGAGAGGGACUGUACCCGGCCAAUUACGUCGAGGAGAUCUAA